UAGAAGAAAAUUUUGCAUGUCUUUGGCUGCUCAAAGAAAGUCUACAAAAUCAGAAAUAGACAACACUAGAGAAGAAAAACAAAAGGCAAAAAGCAAAAAGAGACAACAUUGGACCUGUGAAAGAGAAGUAGAGAGAAAAGCGCAAGUUACCAGAAAAGCGGUACUUAAAAGAGUUUGGAAGAAUUGUUUGAUAAACAGAGUUGAUCGUGGGCGUUGAUAGAGAUGGUGGACAAACUGAUCGUGGCCGUUGAAGGCACUGCUGCCUUAGGCCCUUACUGGAAAACCAUCCUUUCCGAUUACCUUGAUAAAAUUGUCAGAGUUUUUGGUUUAGAUCCUUCUGAUGCCUGCUUAUGGAACUUUAAAGCGCUAAUCGACAACAUCACUCCUGCAGCCACCAAACAAACAAACAAAAUUGAACUGUUUUCUGUUUCCCCUAAAAUUUAGGUGCUUUUUUGGAGCUGAGUCAACUUCACAGAAACCAUCUGCAGCCAAUGUGGAGGUCUCCUUGGUCAUGUUCAACACUCAUGGUUCUUAUAGUGGUUGCCUGGUUCAGCGGAGUGGCUGGACAAGAGACAUGGAUACCUUUCUUCAGUGGCUUUCAGCUAUAUCUUUCUCAGGAGGUGGUUUCAGUGACGCUGCAGUUGCAGAAGGACUUGCUGAAGCAUUAAUGGUAUUUCUUGGUGAUUUCCUUCGAACUUCCAGAUCAGGCAGUCUUUUCAACUUUAUGUUCACUAAACUAAAUGGAAACCAAGGUCAACCAAACAUGGAAGGGAAAAAGCAUUGCAUUCUUAUUUCUGCAAGCAACCCGUAUCCGUUGCCCACACCUGUUUAUCGACCACAGGUGCAGAAACUGGAGCAGAACGAAAAUGUUGAAGCACAAACAGAUAGUCGAUUAUCUGAUGCUGAGACUGUUGCCAAGGCAUUCCCCCAGUGCUCUGUUUCCCUGUCAGUUAUAAGCCCAAAAAAGCUUCCAAAACUAAGAGCAAUAUAUGAUGCGGGAAAACCUAAUCCACGAGCAGCUGACCCACCCAUUGAUACAACAAAGAAUCCAAAUUUCCUUGUUUUAAUUUCUGAAAAUUUCAUCGAGGCUCGUGCUGCUUUCAGUCGCUCUGGAAUGACCAACUUGGCAUCAAAUCAAAGCCCUGUCAAGAUGGAUGUGUCUUCUGUUCCACCAGUUUCUGGGCCACAAUCAAUUUCUAAUUCAGCAGCAAAUGUAUCUGUUAUGAGUCGACCACCAAUUUCCACUGGAAAUACUCCUUCUGCAACUGUAAAAAUUGAGCCUCCUACUGUGACCUCCAUGUCUGGACCUGCAUUUCAACAUAUUCCAUCUGUUCGUCCUGCUGUUCAACCUGUUCCAAGCUUGCAAACUUCUUCUCCUCUUUCUGUUUCUCAGGAGAUGGCAUCACAUACUGAGAACGUUCAGGAGAUGAAACCCAUAGUCAGUGGCAUGACACAGUCCUUACGUCCGAUUGCUGCAGCAGCAGCAAAUGUCAGAAUCUUGAACGAUGUUGCUCAGGCACGCCAAGCACUAGCCGGGGGAACUUCUAUAGGACUGCAAUCUAUGGGUGGCACCCCUAUGCUUUCAAGUAUGAUAUCUAGUGGAAUGGCAUCUUCUGUCCCUGCUUCUCAAACUGUAUUAUCAUCUGGGCAAUCAGGUGUGACAACAAUAACUGGGUCAGUUCCACUAGCAGGAAGUGGGCAGAAUACUCAAAACUCAGCUCCUGCUUCAUUCACUUCAACUGCUCCCAGUAUGUCUGGGAAUACGAACAUUAGCAUUUCACAACCUUUGAGUAAUAACCAAGGAGGUGUUAGUAUGGCUGGUCAAACAGUUGCUGGAAUGAGCCAAGGUAAUCUACCAGGCACACAAAUGAUGCCAGGUGGGACAGGGAUGAACCAGAAUAUGCUGACUGGGUUGGGUGCAACUGGUAUGCCUUCUGGAACUGGCACAAUGAUGCCUACUCCAGGGAUGUCUCAACCAGGCAUGCAACCUGUUGGUGUGAACAGCACAGCAGCUAACAUGCCUCUUUCUCAACAGCAAACAUCUGCUACAUUGCCAUCAGCUCAAUCAAAAUAUGUGAAAGUUUGGGAGGGGAACUUAUCUGGUCAGAGACAGGGCCAACCUGUAUUUAUUACCAGAUUAGAGGGGUAUAGGAGUGCCUCAGCUUCUGAAUCGCUUGCUGCAAAUUGGCCUCCAACAAUGCAAAUUGUUCGCCUUAUUUCCCAGGAUCAUAUGAAUAACAAACAAUAUGUUGGGAAGGCAGAUUUUCUAGUUUUUAGGGCAAUGAACCAGCAUGGAUUCCUUAGUCAGCUGCAAGAAAAGAAGCUUUGUGCGGUAAUACAACUACCAUCACAGACGCUGCUUCUCUCUGUUUCUGACAAAGCCUGCCGCUUGAUUGGAAUGCUUUUUCCUGGGGAUAUGGUAGUGUUUAAGCCACAGAUACCUAGUCAGCAGCAGCAGCAGCAGCAGCAGCUGCAAGCACAACAUCCGCAGCAACAGCAGCAUCUUUCACAGCAGAUGCCAUUGCAACAGCAGCAACAACAACAACCUCUGAUGCAACAGCAGAUGCCAAUGCAACAAUCACAGGUUCCCCAAAUGCAGCAGCAACAGAUUCACCAAAUGCAGCAACAACAGAUUCCGCAAAUGCAGCAGCAACAGCAGAUCCCUCAGCAGCAGCAACCAAUGGUUGGGACAGGGAUGAACCAAGCCUACAUGCAAGGUGGUCCUGCAAGGUCACAACUAAUGAAUCAGGGUCAAGUUUCAUCACAAGGACAGCCAACCAUGCCAGGAGGCGGCUUUAUCAAUUGAACGUGUCAUUGAAUUAGAUAGCUCUUAUACAAACUGAGACCAGGCAGUUGAUUCCUACAUUAAAACUAAGCAUUUACAAAUGAAACUCUCCAGUGUUCAAACUCAUUCUAGGCUCUAGCAUAGACAAAGUACUUGUGCUCCCGCUAAUCAGAUUAGAGUGGUGGUCGAAGUUCAAAACCAGUAUUGCGUUUAUUUAUGUUCAGCUUUAGUUUUUGACGUCACAGCUUUCCUUUGUGAUACAGCAAUUCACUAGCUUUCACCAUCAUAUAUAUCUUACUAAAAUGUGUUUUACA